AUGGGUUUCGACGAAGGUUCCGCUUUCGCGGAAGGCCAAAGGGUGAUGAAAGAAGCAAAUAGCUCCAAAAAUCAUCAUGUCGAGAAAUUAAAUGGAACUGGCAGUAACGGUGAUUUGUACACCGUCAAGCUCAUUCCGGACAGAGGCUUUGGCUGCGUUGCUACUUCAAGAAUUCCUAAGGGCACGCGUAUUCUCACCGAGGCCCCCCUUUUUACGGUACCCAAAGCUGCAGCGGAUAUACAGGCUGUGGAAGAAGCUCUUCUUAAGGAGUUGAAGAGUCUUUCCAAGGACCAGCAGCAUUCUUUCUUUUCACUACACAACGCCCACAAAGGCAAGUGCAGCCCCGUGAUCGGUAUCACCAAGACAAAUGCGAUCCCUUUCGGCUCUGGGGGUGCAGAUGGUGGUAUCUUUCCGCGGGCAGCACGGAUUAACCAUUCGUGCAAGCAGAAUGCUCAGAACACGUGGAAUCAUAACCUGUCUAAACUUACGAUCCAUGCGUUCAAGGACAUUGAAGAAGGAGAAGAAAUCACGAUAUCUUACGUCGACGGCGCAGAAACCUUCAACACGCGGCAGCUUUGUUUAGAAGAAGCAUUCGGAUUUGUAUGCCAGUGCGAGCUUUGCUCUCUUUCCGCAGAAGAAAACAAGAAAAGAGAUAAUCGCCUGGAGGAAAUGGCGCGGCUUGACUCCAUGCUUGGCAACGGGAGACGCAUCAUGUCCAAGCCACUGGAUUGUCUUCAUGAUGCACAUACCAUUCUCCGUAUGCUUAAUGAAGAAGGUAUUGUAGGCUCAAGAAUUUCAAGAGUCUACAACGACGCACUACAGAUCUCUAUUGCACACAGCGAUCAAGCGAGAGCGAAAGUCUUUGCGCAACGAGCCCACGACGUUAGAGUUAUACUGGAGGGAGAGGAUAGCCCAGAGACCAUGAGGUUAAAGAGAUUGAUAGAUAGCCCUACAAGCCACGGAUUAUACGGCUCAUCAAAAGAGUGGGCGCAACCUGCGACGGCAAUUCCGCAAGGUCUGGACGAAGCAGAUUUCGAAGACUGGCUCUGGAGGCAGAAUCGUUGGCAGAAGGAACUUAGAGUUAAUGGAAAGCUUCAAAACUAA